UAUUAAAAGCGUAAAUACGGGAAAUCAAAACGUCGAUCCUAUUCUUUAAAAGUAGGGUUUUGUACUUGCAAGUAAACUUAUAAAGAUCGUGUUCUUCCCCAAUCACAAAAUAUUAACCUUGAAAAAAAGAUGGAAACGCCAAUGUUGGGUGUUGCUAAUCUGGAUGCAAGUGUAACUGAUUCCGAUCUGUAUGAUCACUUCAGCAACGUUGUUGGUUACAGGGUGAUUUGGGCUGAAGUUCGUAAGGAUCGUAGGACAGACCAGUGUCUCGGCGAUGGUCAUGUAUGCUGUAAUAAUCAUCAACAAGCUGUCUACACAAUUGAUGCCUUGAACGGGACUACGCUCAAGGGCAAGACCAUUGUGGUUACGCCUUCUACAUUUACAUUUAAUGAAGUAACUGUGGAGCUUUGUGUUCCUCCGAGAACUUUUAACAUGGAGAUUCCUCUCAGGAGAAAUUUUAAAGAGUUCGGAAAAAUUCUUCUCAUAAAAGUAUAUGAGGAUAUGUUUUCAAAUACUUAUGGAUCUAUCAUCUUUGACAGUCUUCAAUCUGCUGCGAGUGCUGCUAAUGAACUACUAAGAAAUGAAUUUGCUCUUUGUAAUAUGUAUUAUGGUGGAAAGAGUCUAGUAGAUCCACAAUUUCCCCUUGAUAUUGUGGAUCCCUCGACUUUAUUUUGUCCUCCAAAGGAGCAAACAUCUGAAGGGUUUAAUGUGCGUGUUGACAACUUAUAUUUCUUUGUCACUGAUCAAUAUCUGUUGGAGCAGUUUUCUCCUUAUGGAAAAAUAUCCUUUUGCGAGGUCAUGCGUAAACCUGAUCUUAGCAAUGGUUCUGGACGUGUUACAUUUUCAACCCGCGAAGAAGCUAUGGAAGCUAUUGCUGCUAUGGAAGGAAAAGAUAUUCGGGGCAGUUCAAUCAAGGUUACUCUUGAAGAAGAAAAUAUACCUAGCUCACAGGUGCCUCUUGUUGAUGAGCUCGAGCAUGGUCAUGCUGUUAAGAAGCCAAAAGUUGACAAUGCCGUGGGGAGCAGCCAGUAGCUUGCCAACUAGCUAGCUGGCCUUUUUAUUUACUCUAAACUAUGGAAUUUUAAUCGGAAUAUGUUACUAGUUCCAUAUCUCGUCCAGAAAUCUAACGAGUUGAUUGAUGCUGUUCUUUUAUCUUACAUUCAUAUCAGCCGUUGUCAUUCUGGCAGAAAUACUUAAGUGAACCUAUGUUCUGUUUAUAACGACAAUAUAUUGUCUUUGUGAUUUCACUUU